AUGCCAGAGCCAACCCCAAUGCCCGCCGUCGGCAACAAGCGCCAAAAUUAUAGCAUACAAUUCCUCACGGCUCCCACGGCGGACACUCCUGGCACAACUUUUGCCAUAGUCUUCGACUCGAAGCGUUACCUGUUCGGCCAUGUCGCAGAGGGCACCCAAAGAGCGGUCAUCCAGCGCAACUUCGGCUUGGCCAAAAUACAUGACAUGUUCCUGACUGGUCCGACAACUUGGACGACAAAUGGGGGAAUCAUGGGCGUGAUGCUGACCCUCGCCGAGAUAAUGACUGCGGAAGCUGCCGAGCACGGCCAUCGAGGCCAUCGACAGCGUCUGCAUAUUCACGGUGCACCGAAACUGCUACAUACCCUUGCCACGGCCCGAAGAUUCAUCUUCCGGACGGGUAUGCCGCUCACGAUACAUGAGAUCGAGCCCGAUGUUCCUGGCUGGCCGCAAGAACCUUCUUUCGAGGACGAGAACAUAAAAGUGUGGUCUAUUCCCGUUCGAGAUGCGCAGGAUGCAAGCAGAAAUCCAAGAACCGCCAAAGUGGACAGCGAGCAGGCAACCAGGGCAAAAAUUGUGAAUGAUAUGUUCGACUCGGAUUGGCGCCGUGAUCGAUUGAUCCCAACUCUCUUCAAGGACGUCAAUUUGCCUGCCAUGGUAUUCGUUCGUGGUGCAGAGGAGAAGGGCCUCACGGGCAUUUACUGUAAGGAUCACGAGAGUACGCCUCAAAUUGCACUGUACCAGACAGUCAUGGUACGGAAUCCAUGGCCAGCUUCUUUGGUAGGCACACUGCCCCCUGCUGACGACCUCCCAUCGAACGUGGCCGUAGCAUAUAUCAUCAGAGGCCAUCCACAACGUGGCAACUUUGACCCACAGAAAGCCAAGGCACUUGGUCUCAGGCCAGGUCCUCUCUAUGCCGAGCUCACAAGCGGAAAGUCGGUCAAACUCAUGAACGGCGACGUCAUCACACCUGAUAUGGUGCUCGGUCCGACCAAGGUUGGAAAGGGCGUUGCAAUCUUCGACCUGCCUUCGCUUGGCCAUGCCGAAUACCUCCAGAACCUUCUCAGUUCAGCACCUGAAGAUGCUCUCGCAGACGUUGUCGCCGCCAUCUGGAUCCUCGGUCCUCACGUUGGGUCGUCAAACACUUUCGAGAAUCUGACGAGUGCCUUGAAAGAAUUAGAGCACUUUGUCAGUGACGUGGAUGUUGCUCCCAACAACCCUAGCUUUGGUUCGGCUGCAUUCCAGAAUCGGUGGCUUGCAAAGAUCAACCCCAGAAGUUUCUCCGUGCCUGUCUACGACAAUGCCUUACCUUACUUCAAGGGUUCGUCAUCCUCCAAAGAACGCAAUUACGUUGAUGUGCAGCCAGGCCUGCGCAUCAAUCUCGAGCCGAAAUACUCCGUUGACCGCGAUAACAUUCCGGCAUACCGAGAUAUGUCGGAGGCGGAUCCUCUCAAGCUUCCAGAUAACAUGAUUGAGACGAAUGAGCCCCAAGUGCUGCCACAGUAUCAUCUGAGCCUCUCACAGAGCCAGAGAUUAUCACCCUGGGCACAGGGUCUUCGCAGCCAUCAAAGUAUCGUAAUGUUUCUGCUGCGAAGAUCAUUUAGCCCCGAGCAGUACGAAGAAGUUCUGCGCAAGACUCAGGCCAUCUGGAUUUCUCAUUUACACGCAGAUCACCAUCUCGGCACUGUCUCGUUCCUACAGGCAAGAGCGCGCGCCUUUGAUGCCUUGGGCGAAGCGGGCAAAGAUCUUGAUCGCACGAUCUAUCUGAUGUCGGAACAGAAUAUGAUCGACUGGCUGAGCGAGUAUUCCUCAGUCGAACCGAGCGUCCUCACAGAGACAGGAGUUGUAAUGAUGGUCUGCUCCCAAACCGAUGAUGGUCCUACGAUCAGAGGCCAGCCAUUCGACCUCUCUGCAUCGAAAUCGGCGAUACAGCGAGUGGACACAGUGCGUGUUUCACACUGUGCCGGCUCACAAGCUAUUACCAUCACCUUCAAGUCCGGAUUCAAGGUCUCGUACAGCGGCGAUUGUCGACCGUCCAGUCAGUUUUGUGACAUAGGCACGGACUCGGAUGUCCUCAUACACGAAGCCACAUUCGAUGACGAGAUGGCGGGUGACGCUCUCGCAAAGAAGCACAGCACAACAUCCGAAGCUCUGGCGGUGGGCAUUGAAAUGCGAGCCAAAAAUAUCGUCUUGACGCAUUUCAGCCAACGGUAUCCAAAAGUGCCUAAUCUAGCGAAUGUGAAAUUGGGCGAGAGCAUCAAGUACGAAGAGGCCAUAGUGGCGCAUGACUUGGACCCAGUCGAAGCGCACGCGGACGCCCUCGCACAAGCUCCACCUGCUCAGCAACGACAAUCUGACGACGUCCGAGCAGAUGCACUCGACGAAACGAACGGAACGUUCACACCCUUCUCUUCCGCCACGACGGCGCCUCCUCCGGUCUGCAUCGCGUUCGACGGCAUGCGCAUCAAGGUCUCGGAGAUCGCUCAGGCGAGCAGGUACUACCCGGCGAUCCAGAGGCUCCUUGACCUACAGAGCGAAUUCGGCGAGGCGAGAAAGCAAGAGCAGCGGGACGAGUUAGAUAAGCUGACGGCUAAGAAGGCGGCCAAGGAGGGCAGGCCGGUGAAGUUCAAGCACGCGAAGGGGGCGAAAGUUAGGAAGGUUGGUUCGGUGCCGGGUCCUGGUAGCAUUCAGCGGAGGCGGAGUGAUGAGAGUAAUGGUGAGAUACACAAUCCGAGGCGUGGUAGUUCUGCUGGAGAUCGUGUUGUUGAUGGUUUGCAGGUCGAUGACAUUGCUAGACGCCUUGGAAACGUGGCGGGUGAGAGCAAGAGGGCGAGGAAGCGCGCGGCACAGGCAGCGGAGGUGUUGCGGAAUGAGACGGCGAGGACGAAUGGUGGCGAUGGCAGAGGGGAAGGCGUGUCCUCGGGGUCUAGGCCUGCGGCAGAUGACGCUGAGGGAGACGAGGUCAGUCUGCCAGUGACCAAGAAGCAGAAAAUUUGA